AUGGCCAUCUCUUGUCACCUGUCCCGGACCAGUGGCUGUUUGGCCCUGGCCGUUGCCAUUUGCAUCCUGCUCCCAGGCUGCUUCUCCAGAAAAAUUGCCCUGGAGAUCUUCGAGAGGGCGUGCCACUGCUUCGAUGACCACAAUGUGUACAACGAGUGCACGGUGGAGCUUCGGGUGGGCGUGGAGGGGGCGUUCCACGUGGGGCGGGAGAGCAUGGACGAGUACUGCGGCGGGGCUUGCUUCGUCGAGACGGAGAUGGCGCUGCGGUGCGUGGAGGCGGUCGCCAACGACGGCUUCACCUUCUCCAACGGUGCCUCGCUGUUCGCCGUGAAGCAGGCGCUCGGCAGCGGCUGCAGCUACACGCCCGAAAGAGGAACCUUCGACAUACGUGAGCGCAGGGAGUGCCGCGACGAGUACGGCUACGGCUACCACGACACGCACGAGCAGCUCGGCUACGGCGAAGAGGGCGGCGACCGGCAGUACGAGUACCCAGGUGGCGCGUUCGACAACUACUGCUCCGGCGCCACCGGCGGCGGCCCGGCAGUACGAGUACCCGGGUGGCGUGUUCGACAACUACUGCUCCGGCGCCACCGGCGGCGGCCCGGUGCGGAUGCUCCUCCUCGCCUCCUUACUUGCCUCCGCGUGGGCGGCACUGCUUCUUGCCGUCUGAGCGGUAGCGAUUUCACCAUGUACCAUGUGUAAGUAUAGAAAGGACCGGUAUUUGUCUAUCAUGUUUGACAUACACUUCUGAAUAACAAUUAUUUGAUCAAUGUAUUUAUAUAUAUUUUUCUGUU